GUUACCGGUCGAUACAGACCCUUUGUUGGUGGAAAAUAUGAAUCCAACCCUGUCAGCAUUUAACUCACGAUUGAACGAGUCCACAAACUCUCGCGUUGUGACUCCGGCAAACAGUCCGAAUACCGCCAAUAUUUUUGGACCAGGUGAGACAUGUAGGACCUGUCCGUUCGAGAGAGAGAGACAGGAUUACAAAUCCAGUUUGUCGAAAGAACACUACCCUUUCGACCAGGAUAACACGGCGGGCAGCCAGAAUUUCUCUGGUACCAUACCAAGACUAAUUGUUACUUGUGAUCCUAGCCCUACCGAAGACAAGCAUGUGGCACAGACUACAGAUAUAUUAUCCGGCCUUGGCGGACUCACACUAGAGCAAUGUUUGGACGAAGAAUCGCCUUACUCGGACAGUGGUUGCGGAGGCUCACCGGUGCUGUCGCUUUCGCUACGAAAACUGUCCAGUUCAUCUUCCGCCGGUCUGUCCUCCGCCUCGUCGUUUGAGGAGUCAGAGGAUGACUACACUGGCAGCGACAUUGAACCCAGCAGCUUGUCUCCGAGGAUGUACAGCAUGCUUUCCAGUCCAGAGGAAGUUGGGACCAAGUCGUGGAAAAAGCUGAAAUCCAUGGUGCAUUACUCACCAUUUGUGGUGUCCUUUAAGAAGCGUUAUCCAUGGGUGCAGCUUGCUGGACAUGCAGGUAGUUUCCAGGCGGGGGAGAAUGGAAAGCUUUUGAAGAAGUACUGCGAGUGUGAGCAGCUCUGUCUGCAGAAGCUGAUGCAUGAUUCCCUCCGGCCCUUCGUACCUGGUUACUAUGGCAUCGUCCAACGUGACAAUCAGGACUAUAACCUGAUGGACGACCUGCUGGCUGACUUUGACUCGCCCUCCAUCAUGGACUGUAAGAUGGGCAGCAGGACCUAUUUGGAAGAGGAGUUAGUGAAGGCGCGAGAGCGGCCAAAGCUUCGCAAAGACAUGUAUGAGAAGAUGGUGGCAGUUGACCCAAGUGCGCCCACACCAGAGGAGCGGGCGCAGCAGGCGGUGCUGAAACCACGCUACAUGCAGUGGAGAGAAACCCUCAGCUCCACCGCCACACUCGGCUUCCGAAUCGAGGGCAUCAAGAAAGCAGAUGGAACGUGUAAUACCAACUUUAAGAAAACGAAGCAUAAGGAACAGGUGAUGAAAGCCCUGGAAGACUUUGUGGAUGGAAACGUCCAGAUCUUGAAGAGUUACCUGCAAAAACUGCAGGAACUGCGUGGUGUGCUAGAACAUUCAGAGUUCUUCAGGAGCCAUGAGGUGGUGGGCAGCUCCCUGCUCUUUGUGCAUGACUGCACAGGACGCGCUCGCGUUUGGAUGAUUGACUUCGGCAAGACUGUGCCCGUUCAACCUCCCCUCACACUGGACCACCGCACACCCUGGGUAGAGGGCAACCGGGAGGAUGGUUACCUGUGGGGCCUGGACAACCUGAUCCUCAUCUUCAGCUCCAUGCUACCUGCCACUGCCCCUUAACCCUGAGACGGUCUCACUACAGCAGCCUCACUGCAGAGAGGAGCAGUCUCUGAAUGGGUGAAGCGACUGGCCUGGCACAGAGAGAGAAAGAGA